CAGAGUCCAGACUAGAAAACAGCAACCAACGAUACUCAUUCCUAGUCAAAUUCUCAGCCUAGGCGCGCUCCAAAUUUCGUCAGCUGAGAAGACAAUGGAGAAGCAACAAAUCCUAGAGAGACGAGAGCGAUUCAUCCGUGCAAACGGGUGCUCCUUUCGAUGAGCCCUAAACCCUUAAUUGCGCCUUCUACGCUCGUAAACUCAUAAAAACAAAAAAUGUGAAAGCCAACUCACUCUCUCCAGGAUUAGGGCGAGUAUUUACAACUCCCGACGUUUCCCUCGAGUUUCUCGGGGCCAAAGUGCUGUUUUUCUACGAGAAAUCGGGAAGGAGACGCCACACUACGCUAACUUUUGAUCACUCCAGUGACUGGCCCUGGCCUCCCCUUCUCUUCUCUUGCCGCAAGUUUUCUGAAAGGGCAGAUUAAACUGGGCUUUUGCCAGUUUCAGGACUUGUUAAAAGUAGUCUGGGAUGGCUCCUUCCGCUCAGUUGCAAAGAGCGCAAGCGGCUGUUAAAGCCAUGAAGCUCAUUGGGUUUGAUCAAGCCAAAGCAAAGGCAGUCUUGAAGAAGCUGCUCAAAGUUUAUGAGAACAACUGGGAGUAUAUUGAAGCAGAAAACUACCGGCUUCUGGCGGACUCAAUACUCGAUGACCAGGAAUCAGUGGACCCUGAGGUGAAUGAAACAGAUGCUGCUGCAAGUGCUGCACCUGAGGUAUCACGGAAGAGGUUAAGGCAUAGGCAAGAGGAUUCUGACCAUUUUCCAUUAACAGUUGAAGCCGCUAGAACUUCACCCCAGAGACCGACACUUGUUCGAUCACCUGAAGACCAUCCCACAAAUUUCAGAGGUAAAAUGAUUAAGCCUGUGGAGGCUCAAUGCCCUCAUGACGGAGAAGGAUCAUUUUCAUCGCCUCAUGCAAUACGUAAAAAUGGACUAACUACAGAGAAAGCGCCUCAAAAUUCUCAUAAUUGUCCAGAGCUUAGCCCUAUUUCAGGCCGUGUAGUUCCUCGGAUGACGAGGUCCAGUAAUCCUGCAAAUGUACCAUAUUUUGAAAAAGGAAAGUCAAGUUCGCUUGUGAUGCAAGAAAGAGAUAAACAUCAACCCUGCGGCACAUCAGGAAAUUUAAUAUGUUAUAAAGAGCCAAAGAUGGAACCCGACACUGAAGUUCCUCGAGAUAUUGUUGCUGUUGGGUUUUCUUCUAAUCCAGAUAUGUCCGUGGAUGAGGUUCCUUGCUACAUCUCUGAUAAUUAUGUGCCUCUUUCAUUGCCAUCACCUCAUGGAACUCCUUCAGGAACUGCUGCCAAUCAUGGCACAGCACAGAAGGGUGCUUUUCGUUGGGCAAAUGCUUCAAGUGGUUUAACUGGUGCAAACAGUCAAGAUGCACCUAUCAAUGAGAAUGAAAAAUGCCUUAAAGUUUUAGUACAAAAGGAAAUCACUAAUACUGACAUAGCUUCCUCAAUCACGGGUGAAGUAAAACUUUCGUUGACCUAUAGCUCUGACAGUCCAGAUUUUAAAAUGCCAAGCAUAGAAUCUAUCUUUAAAAUGGUUGAGGAUAGGUGUUUGAAAUCCUAUAAGAUUCUUAAACCAGAUUUCUCACUUAUGAAUCUAAUGAAAGAUAUAUGCCAGUGUACGGUGGAUUUAGCAGCUGAGUCUAGUAAAGAUGAACAGGAGGCCAUAAAGGUGACUCCUUUGUUAGAGCCUUUGAAAAGAGCUCAUUCUCCUAAUCCUAGUCAUGGAAUGGUCAGAAGAUCUUCCGCUGGCUCACUGGAUUUGGUUCCAUUGGAAAUUCCAAUUGAAGGCUUGAAUAGUCAUGGUGGCAUUAAUGGCAUUCAGGAAAACAGUGCCCCAGAAUCGUCAAGUCAUAAUGUUUCACAGAGUUUGGCAAUCAUCCCACAAGAAGAUCAUACUGUCAGUGCUCCCCAUCCCCUGCAUGAUGAGAAUGACAUAGCAAAAGGUGAAGAGAGAGUAAGAAUUUCGCUUGUCAAUGAGCUCACAAGCGAGAAGUUCCCAGCUUACUUUCAUUACAUUGCUCGGAAUGCUGUUUAUCAGAAUGCGCAUGUCAACUUUUCCCUUGCUCGGAUUGAUGAUGAAGACUGCUGUUUGAACUGUUUUGGUGAUUGUUUAAGCGUGCCUAUCCCAUGUGCCUGCACCCGAGAAACAGGUGGUGAAUUUGCAUACACCAUGGAUGGUUUACUCAAAGCUGAAUUCUUGAAUGAAUGCAUUUCUAUGAACCGUGAUCCUGAUAAACAUCAUCAUAUUUACUGUAAGGAUUGUCCUAUAGAAAAGUCUAAGAAUGAGCAUACGCCUGAAGCCUGCAAGGGACAUCUUGUAAGGAAAUUUAUUAAAGAAUGUUGGAUCAAGUGUGGUUGCAGCAAACAAUGCGGCAAUCGUGUUGUUCAACGGGGCAUUUCACGGAAUUUGCAGGUGUUUUUUGUAGCUGAUGUGAAAGGAUGGGGUCUUCGAACCCUUGAAGAAUUGCCUAGAGGAGCAUUUGUCUGUGAAUAUGUUGGAGAGAUUUUAACAAACAUUGAACUGUAUGAUCGUACUAUUCAAAAGACUGGUGGUGCAAGGCACACCUACCCUGUAUUAUUGGAUGCUGACUGGGGUUCAGAAGCGGGAUUGAGGGAUGAAGAAGCGCUUUGCUUAGAUGCUACUUUCUUUGGAAAUGUUGGGAGAUUUGUGAAUCAUAGAUGCUUUGAUGCUAAUUUGGUUGAGGUUCCUGUUGAGUGGGAGACUCCAGAUCACCAUUAUUAUCAUCUUGCCUUUUUUACUACGAGAAAAGUAGAAGCUUUGGAAGAGCUAACAUGGGAUUACGGGAUUGAUUUUGACGAUAGUUCACAUCCGAUCAAAGCCUUUAAAUGCCUUUGUGGGAGCAGAUUUUGCCGCGAUAGGGUUCGAUCAAAAGUACGGAGGCAGAUAUAGCAAAAUAAACACACAUCCCUCACUAAAUAUAUG